GUAUUACCGGCUUAUGGUGGCUUAAUUGCUGUCAAAUGAAUGCGAAUUUUUGCAAUGAUGAGUUCUUUGAUCGGAAUUUGUUUACUGUUUUUCGCAAGGAUAGAGACAGUACUGCGACAGAUACCUCUCGGGGGGGCGGUGUUCUUGUUGCUGUAAAAAGUGGCAUAAGCGCCGCUGUCGUUACCCUAAAAAAAGCUGAUUCUCAACUCGACCAGCUAUGUGUAUCUAUCGAUGGUGAUAGGGCGAAGUUAAUCAUUUUUGUAUCGUAUAUACCACCUAAUGGUUCAGAGAAACUAUACCGUGAUCAUGUAGAUAAUGUUUUAGAUUUAUCACUUGCUAAUAAGGAAGCCCAAUUCUGUAUUCUGGGUGACUAUAAUCUUAGCAAAAUUAUAUGGUCAUGCCUUUUGGACGAUACAGUGCUUAUUCCUAGUAAUGUGUAUUGCCCCAGUGAAAUUUAUUUAAUCGAUGGUUUCUUUAGCUUA